AUGGGAGAUCUGCCAAGACAACGUGUUACACCGUCCCCCGCCUUUAGCAUCACUGGUGUGGACUAUGCUGGUCCAAUUCUGGUGAAGCAGGGGACCCACAGAGCCAAGGUCAUCAAAGCGUUCAUAGCGAUCUUCGUGUGUAUGGCCACGAAAGCCGUACAUUUAGAAUUAGUGUCCGACCUGACGUCCGACGCUUUUCUUGCGGCACUCCAACGCUUCGUGAGUCGUAGGGGAAUAGUGUCGGAGAUGCACUCUGACAAUGCGACGAACUUUCACGGCACCAACAACGAGCUCCACAAGCUGUACGAGAUGUUUCGUAACCAACCGGACGUCGACAAAAUCCUGCAGUACUGCCACGCAAAGGAAAUUGAGUGGCACUUCAUACCGCCAGAUUCGCCCGAGUUCGGCGGCCUAUGGGAGGCUGCUGUGAAGUGCACCAAGACCCAUCUGAAACGAGUGGUAGGUAAUAAAACGUUAAAUUUUGAAGAAAUGGCAACAAUACUUUGCGAAAUCGAGGCCGUCCUCAAUCCGAGGCCACUUUUCGCAAUAUCUGGAGACCCAGGUGAUCCCGAAGUUAUCACCCCGGCCCAUUUUUUGAUUGGCCGUCCAAUGACUGCUGUACCCGAACCAUCGUACCAGGACCUCAACGUUGGCCGGCUAAGUCGCUGGCAGCAUCUUCAACUGCUGCGUGAGCAGUUUUGGAGAGCCUGGUCCCGCGAUUAUCUUAGCAGUCUGCAACCCAGGAAGAAGAACUGGAACACAUCUACCAACGCUCGACCAGGAAUGAUCGUCUUGAUUAAGGACAAGAACCGCCCUCCGUUGCAGUGGAAGUUGGGCCACAUCACCUCUGUUCAUUGUUCAUCCUGGCCACGACGACCUGGUCCGGGUAGUGGACGUUUUCAGCGAAGGCAAAACUUUUACACGGCCCAUCACGAAGUUGUCAAUUUUGCCAAUUGA